UCAAUCACUGACCAGAGGGUUGAUAAGAGAUUUGGGGCAGAAGGAGGAGGAAGAAGAGGGGUCAGCGAAAAGUCUGUAUGACUGUUACACACUGUACUGUCAUCAAACACACACACACACACACACACACCGCCACUGUACAGACCAACUGACAGGACAUGUAACGUGUCCAGGAGGCGUGUCCCUUGAGACCACACCAUGUCCUGCAGUAUAUACUGGAGGAAAACAGUGGAGCACAGUCAAAGUCCCGUGGACUAUUCCAAAACAACACAACAUGGGCUAGAAUAAGGCGGCUCCAUUCCAACUCAGACGUGCCACAGAACAGGUUUCCAGCUGUCACAGUUUGUGAUGUGAGGAGAGUCGGGUCUGCCUGUGAUUCUGUAGCUCUGAUGGAGAACUGCGGCGCCAACGACUUGCUUCCGUUUAAAAGAAGAAGCACGAUGUCCAAACCGUCCUGUACGCCGUCCUACCCAGCUGGACAUCACCGUUCAGACGCAGAGAACGUGGCUGAGGAGCGUCAGAGGAAUGGGAGGACGGUCAUCGAGCCUCCGCAGGCUGCUGAUCAGGAGCAGCGGGAGCUCGCAGGCAGGAGAAAACCUGCGUUAGUCAGGUCAAAGACCUUCGACCACUCUCUGCUGACUCAGGUGCAGAUAGACCCAGACUCCAAGAUAGAGAGGAAGAAGUCUCACUACAGCCAGCUCUCAAAGAGCAACUGCCAGUACCAUAAAAUAUUUAAAGAGAUCAGCAAAGAGGAACAGCUCAGACAGAGUUACACCUGUGCUCUGCAGAAAGACAUCCUCUACCAGGGACGGAUGUUUGUCUCCGACCACUGGAUCUGCUUCCAUUCAAAGGUGUUUGGCAAAGACACAAAGAUUGCCAUCCCAGUGGUGUCCGUCACUCACAUUAAGAAGACCAAAACUGCCAUCCUGGUGCCAAACGCUCUGGUGAUCGCAACCGCCAAUGACAGGUACAUGUUCGUGUCCUUCCUGUCCAGAGACAACACCUACAAGUUCCUGAUGUCCGUCUGUCUUCACCUGGAGGAGAAGAGUCCAUGCAGCAGCCCCAUCCCAUCCUCAGCAGAGAACAGCUUCAGAGGUCAGAGGUCGCCGCUAACGCCUCGUUUUCCUCUGAGUUUCUCAGGUGAUUUCAGUGACCUGGACGGAGCAGUGAGACAGAGGAGGCAGGAGAUGGAGGAGAGCAGCAGCUCUGACUCUCAGACCCCCGACUACGAGAAGUUAGCAGAGUUCCCUGUUCCUCCGUUCCUGGAUGUGAUGAAGCACACGGACAGAUCGGCGCCUCCUGGACAUCCAGACCAUCAGCACAAAGUGAAGAACCAGCAUCCGAACCAUCAGAGCUCAGACAACAAGCAGCAGGAGACACUCACUGCCGGCUCAGAGGUGGUGAUUGACAGCAAGACUCUGAAACCACUUUCUCUCAACACUCUGCUGUUUGUCUACCUGUUUCUAGUGUGUGUCCUGGUCGUGUCUUCCUGUUACCUGGCCUUUAAGAUCGUCUCAUUGGAGCGGACGCUGUCGUCGCUCGGCUCCGCCACAGAAUUCACGAACCAGGAAAACGACUUCCUGCGAGGGGGAGCUGACGUGAACACGGAGCUUUUCUCUGAACUGCUGACCAUCAACCUGAUGAAGCUGGAGAAGGUGCAGAAGAAUCUGCAGAGACUGCUGGAGGAAGCUGCCUGAAUGUUCUGGAAACCAGUACAUUAUGAUGGACGGGCUGUUUACAGUCCUGUAGAUAUGCUGUAAAUAUACAGUUUAUUGUAGCAGAUGUUACAAACAAACAAUACUGGCAUGUAUUGUGUUAACAUACUACGCACACAAACACUUUAAAUACUAUUAAAGAGUAAACAAACACCUGGCUACAAAGCUGCGUUUCACCUGUAAUGACACCCGCUGAUGAUGUCACAGUGUACCGCCACACCCUGAAGUACAUCUCUGCUUCACCACGGCACAGUGAGAAGUUAAAGCACCAGAGGUGAACAGAAACACGGCUUUCAGCUGUUCUUAAGUUUCCCUUAAAACGUCUCACAUUUGAAGACGGGAACAGCCGUUUCUGUAUUUACUUUUUGCUCUCAGUGCUGGAUUUAUCUUCUUUUACCCUGUUUGCCUGCUCACAUUGAUAUUCUUGGAAAUAACUAAAAUAUUUCUGUCUACAUGAAGACAUUUAGGACUGAAAACCAGCUGUGGACAUCAAUCCAGAACGAAUGCUCCACAGCCCCUGACAGGGUUUUUAUUUCUCCCUCGUGUUGCCUUUAAGCUGUGAUUUACUGUCACUACUAAUGUAAAACAGAAAUGAAAACAGCACUACACUGUAAUUAGCUGCUGCCUUACAAGGAUCCUAAAAACCCAUAAGCUGGGGCUUCAUUCCUAGAAAAAUGAGACAAAUCCCAUCUUGCAUUGUGGCUUGAUAUGUAGCUUUAACAUCAUGAAGCUAAUUCUUGUUCAUUUACCUUCUCAUUGAGAUUCAAACAGACUGUUACAGAGACGAGCAUCACUGUGAUUCUGUAAAUAUAAAAAUUAUACACAGAUGGUCUAUACACAGGUUCAAUGGUGUGAUUUUAUUUUCCUCUGUUGGGGAAUAAAGUUCUUUUUCAAAUAAAGUUUUA